CUCAACCUGCUGGAUAGUUUUAUUUAACCCAACUAUUUUUUAAAAAUUACUUUAUGUCUGGCUUAAAAUGAACCCAAAAUAGGUUGGAAAUUGAAAAUCAGACACAUAAUUUUUGCUAUAAAACUCUUACGGCAAACAUGUCUUCUAAUAUCCUCAAUUGUUGCGUAUACCAAGCUGCAGUGGACACAUUUGUAAACGAAUCUACUUGGUCCCAUUGUGCAAGCGGUCUCUUUAAUACCACAUGCUUUAUAUACAUGUUGCUGAUUGGGCUGACAUUUUUGACACACUCACCAAUCAAGAGCAAGUAGGCUCGUUUGAGAUUAGCAAAAUCUGCGCAGAACCGAUCACUGUGAUCACUGCGAGAUGCAUGCCAGUUAAAAUGUGUCUGAGGGUGGGCCGCCUUGUUCUGAUGUCAUGUCGACAUGAGGAGGCCUCAUCGGAUUCUGCAGUCAAGCGCAGUUGCUCUCCACCGACUGCGCUGACCAAAAGAAUGAUGGGAAACGACUUGCUGACGACAUAGCUUAUUAUGUGUAUAAAUUAUGUGUGAAUAUUCAUAAAGUCCCCAUUUAAUAUCUCAUUGAGCAGCUGUACUGUUCACUCUUUAAGUCCAGGAAGAAGGUGCAGUUGGAAUCUUAGAUCCGUGUUGGUGUUAUCUACUCAACCCCUCUUCCUCCUCUUUUUAUUUAUUUUUACCCAUCUAUUAUUUAUUAUUGUUAUUUGUUUUAUUUUUUAUAUAUGCAAACCCUGGUUUUGUAUAUAGUUAAGCUGUCACACAUGUUGACCAUGUUCUUUUCUGCAAUAAAAAAAUAAUCACAAAAAAAUAUUCAUAAAGUCUCUGACAGUGCGAUUUCUCUAUGGGUUAUGGAAUUUUUGUAAUAUUUAUAAAAAUAUAUAAAAACAUGUCUGUAGUUAAAAUAAAAAUGAUUGAUACACAUGCCUUUCGAUUGGAAAUAAAUAAGUUUGUGGGUGUCUUGUUCAUUAUAUUUAUUUUCAUAUAAAAGCAACAGAACUUUACUUACCAGCAACACAGCUCACAAGUGUGAAUCCUGCGAUAUUCACCAUUGAUCUCGUAGAUGUCUGAUUUAUUAUUGUAUUUUAUUGGCAAAAUAUUUUAGUUUGUGUAGUAUAAGUUUUGAUUAGAUCAGAUAACAUUUUAAGCUGUAAUAUGGUUGUGUUACAAUGUGCCCCUCAUGUUACACUGUGCCCCACCAAAGGGGCAUCUGUUCACUUCCCUUCUUUCUGGGUAAAUCAUGAAAAAAAUAUACACUGUAUUAAUGAAACAAGACCAUAUAUUUACAUAAACCAAGAAAGUAAAAAAGUGUUAGGUUGUGCCCUGCUCCUCCUACUCAUAUAAUUUUCAUGCUGAAUAAAAGUGAGUCAUUGCCAAGAUUCCAAGGCUUAUAUUAAAAAUAAAUGCAGGAUAAAGCUUAAAAGUUUUAUUGUAUACAGUUUCAAAUAUACUAUAGAAACAGAAAGUUACUACUUAUUCAUAAUAAAUAAAAAUAUAUGUAUGACUCCAAUGCACAGUAGGAUAUUAUAAUUCAGAGACAAAAAUCUAUGUCGCAAGAGGGAAUACUACAAAUGAAGAUGAUGUAGUGGAUCCAAAUCACCUCAGUACUAUAAGUGACUAUGUGAGUGCUCAUUUUAUGAGAAGAUCAAAUCAUCUGAGACCCAUCAACAAUACAGAAAGUCAUGUAGUUUAUCAGGUGAUGAAUCUUUGUGAACAGAGAGACAAUAAACCUACACAAAUGAUCAUGAAAGCUGCUUUUAGAGGCUCUACAACUGACGAACUGCGUUUUCUUGAUGGGAAAUUCACAUAUCAGAACUCACUCAAUUAUACGGCACAAGAAAUAAAACCUUAUCUAGAACUGGCCAUGUGGCGUCUUGAGACGGUAUACUACCCAGCCUGCAUAGAAACCCUGCAGAAUUGCCUUAAAAAGAGAGGAACUCAAGUAAAAAGAAAAGUGAAACCGCGAGUCAGACUCAUUCAGAAAGCAAACUCAGAUUCUGGAGGGUUUCGUGUGAGUUGUUUGGCGACAGGAUUUUACCCUCGUCACAUCAACCUGACCCUGUUCAGAGAUGGACAGCCUGUAUCUGAUCAUGAGAUCACUGGAGGAGAUCUGCUGCCCAAUGGUGACGGGACGUACCAGAUGAGGAAGAGUCUGGAGAUCAGUGCAGACGAACACAAAUACACCUGCUCUGCCACACACCUCAGUCUGGACAACAAACUGGACGUCACUUUGGAGUAUGAUCAUGGAGAACCAUUUAAAUCAGUGAUUCCUUCAGUUCUGACGGUUCUUUUGGCUCUGAUGAUUGUAUUUGGAGCUGCAGCUUUUAUAUGGAAAAGACGACGUGCAGACUCCUUAAAAAAUGGUUAUUCUUCUCCUUCAAAUGUUUGUGCUAAAAUACCACCGAGUUAGAUAACACACAGCACAAUAACUUCCUUGAACACACGUGAGGGCAUCUGAUCUUAGGAAACAUUUGAGUAAAUAUAACCCAAGCCCAUGUUUGUAUCUCGAAUGGGGCUUGAAAGGCACAACGCAGGGGAUUUUCAUGGCAAAACUGAUGCUCGCCGUAUGAUGCCGCAUGUAUGAAACUCUACACACAGGUCUGAAAAUAUUCUGAACUAA